AUGGCAUCUGCAGUAACAGACUUGGAGGCUGGCCUUCAGGCCAUGCUAAAUUUGAAACCACCCGGUGUCUCUGGAUCCCGUAUCACUAGUUUAACAUCGCUGUGCGUUUCCAAUAUUCAGUCUGAAUCCGUACUCAUUCAGAAGAUCUACACACACUUCAAAAAGGCACCUGGGACACACAAGUUGGGGGUUCUCUACGUAGUAGAUUCUGUAACCCGAAAAUGGCUCGAGCAAGCAAAAGCUCAAGGACAACCAGUAAACAGCUCUGCACCAGAUGGUACAUAUGCCGCCGGCGUACAUCGAGUGACGGAACUUAUGCCCGUGCUAAUGAAUGAUAUUCUCCAAACCGCCCCGGAAGAACAAAAGGAGAAAAUUAAGAAGCUCUUGGACAUCUGGGAGAAGGGACAGACCUUCCCCACGCAGAUGAUAGAGUCGUUCAAAGAGAAGUUGACCACACCCCCAUCAAAAACUUCAACAACUCCUCCAGGAAGCCCACCCGCUUCCGCCCUGGCUGCCUUGCAGUCUCAAGCUCCCCCCGCGGCAGCACCAGCUCCGAAUAGCUCAUCUAUUCUAGAAGCCCUCGCAAACAUGGCCAGGCAAACUUCAACUCCUGGCGGCGGCAGCCACAACUCUGGCCUGCCGGCACCAGCAGCACAGUAUAACAUGCCACCCUCUACACUUCCCCAGCCGGUCUCAUCAACUACAAUGCCGCACCCACACCACCAAGCGCAGCCGUCAUAUCCUCCGACAUCACAGCCUGUAGCCGUGCCGUCGCUGCCAUUCUCGCUCCCACAAUUGUCUGGCCAAGCCCCAGCGUUGCCUAACAACGCGAGUAAUCUCCCCAACCCUUAUGCCGCUGCAAACCCAGCUGCACCUGGCGCCGGUGGAUCAUUAGACCCGUCUGUGCAACAACAGAUUAUGUUGAUCAAGGCUCUCGCUGACCAAGGUGUUCCAUUUGAUAAAAUUCCUUCUCUGAUCCAGAGCAUGACGAACAAUAAUCCUGCCGCCAACAGUGCUCCUGCUCCCCAUACGGGCUUCCAGCCUCCUGUUCCGGCAGCACAAGGAACGUUUUCCACCAGCGGUCAACAGCCGUGGGGUGGUCCCAUGCCCGUGUCUGGUGACGGCCGUGAUAGAGGGUACCAGGACGGUAUCAGAUCCCCGAGAUACCGUGGUCGAUCCAGAUCUAGGUCUCCCGAUCGCGGUUGGGGUUCUCGUGAUUCUCCUCGUGGUGGGCGGGAUAGAGGUGGCCACGGACGUAACUCUCCCCUUAAUGGUCGUCAUGAUGACCGUGAUCGCAACGGUCGUGGAGGAAGCGAUUAUCGUCAGCGUAGUCCUCCAGGUCGCCGUGGUCGAAGUUCUACUCCGCCUGAUAGCUUCCCUCAUGUGGAAAGAUGGGUCGAUUAUGAUCCCAGUGUUCCCUCUGGCAGUAUCAGAGUGUUCAGCCGAACCCUCUUCGUUGGCGGCGUAACAUGCUCCGAACCUGAGCUCCGACGAGUAUUUACUCGCUUCGGCACCGUUCAGACUUGCAUCGUCAACAAGGACAAACGCCAUGCAUUCGUCAAGAUGCUCACCCGCAAGGAUGCCGUCAAUGCCAAAGAAAACAUGGAAGAUGCCCGCACCAGCGAGCUUCCCCUCCGAACUCGUUGGGGUGUUGGCUUUGGCCCCCGCGACUGCAGCGACUACGCCACGGGCAUCAGCAUCAUCCCCAUCCACAAGCUCACCGAAGCUGAUCGCAAAUGGAUCCUCACUGCCCCUUACGGCGGCAGCGGCGGCCGUCCCAUCGAGUCGGGCCUCUCCGUCGAAGAGCCCGACAUCGAAAUCGGCGCCGGUGUCUCAUCCAAGGCCAUCAGCCGCCGUAUGCAGACCGACAAGGGCGGCAGCAACGGACCCAAGUCCACCAGGAACCGUGAGGACGAGCCCAGAAGCGGUCGUCGUGGUCGAGACGACAGCGAUGGGCCUCCUCCUCGCGGCCGCGAUCAAGGAAACACUGGCCAGGGCAUGGCUCCUUCGUUUCCCUUCGGAAUCGGGACUUUGCCCAACGGGAUGCCGAAUUUCCCUGCUGGGUUUUCGUUUCCCGAUCCCAGCGGUGGGCGUUAG